ACCACCACUGCUGUUGCUGCUGCAGCUGCUGCUGUCACAUCUGUGGCUUUGCCUGUCCAGCCACGGAUGGAGCGAUGGAGCCCAGACUCCUCUGCUGGACCACUUGCUUCCUCCUGGCCAGCUGGUGUCUGCCGGUGCUGCCCUGCCCCAGCCGGUGCCUUUGCUUUAAGAGCACCAUCCGCUGCAUGCACUUGAUGCUGGAUCACAUUCCUCAGGUACCACAGCAGACCACGGUCCUAGACUUGAGGUUCAACAGAAUAAGAGAAAUUCCAGGGAGCGCCUUCAAGAAACUCAAGAAUCUGAACACUCUUCUUCUGAACAACAAUCAAAUCAGAAAGAUUUCCAGGACUGCUUUUGAAGGACUUGAAAAUUUGCUGUAUCUGUACCUGUACAAGAAUGAAAUCCAUGAACUAGAUAAGCAAACAUUUAAAGGACUCAUAUCCUUGGAACAGCUGUAUAUCCAUUUCAACCAAUUAGAAACACUACAUCCAGAGACCUUUGGAGACCUUCUGAAAUUAGAGCGACUAUUUUUGCAUAACAACAAAUUAUCUACAAUCCCAGCUGGGAGCUUUUCUCAUCUGGAUUCACUAAAAAGACUGCGUCUGGACUCCAAUGUUCUGGUUUGUGACUGUGAUUUAAAGUGGCUGGGCGAACUUUUACAAGGCUAUAUCCAGAAUGGCCAAACUCAGGCGGCUGCUACAUGUGACCGCCCCCAAGGACUCCAUGGGCGCCCGAUUGCGUCUGUAACCGUGGAGGAAUUUAAUUGCGAAAGUCCCCGAAUUACUUUUGAGCCCCAAGAUGUGGAGGUAACCUCUGGACAUACUGUCUAUUUCACUUGCCGAGCUGAAGGAAAUCCCAAACCUAAGAUUAUAUGGAUACAUAACAACAAUUCACUGGAUCUUGAGGAUGACACUCGUCUUAACAUGUUUGAUGAUGGGACACUCAUGAUCCGGAACACGAGAGAGUCGGACCAAGGUGUCUAUCAGUGUAUGGCCAGGAACUCUGCCGGGGAAGCCAAGACACAAAACGCCAUGCUCAGAUACCACAGUCUCCCAGCCAAACCUAGCUUUGUAAUCCAGCCCCAGGACACAGAGGUUUUAAUUGGCACCAGCACGACUUUGGAAUGCAUGGCCACAGGCCACCCGCACCCCCAUAUUACUUGGACUAGGGACAAUGGAGAAGCACUGGAUGGAUCCAGGCACGUAGAAACCUCCAGUGGACUCCACUUACAGAGCAUCACCCUGAGGGAUCACGGUGGAUUCACCUGUCAUGCCAACAAUAGCCAAGGCUCUGUUCAUGCCACAGCCAACAUCAUUGUACAAGCUCCACCACAGUUUACAAGAAGCCCCAAGGACCAGGUGGUGUUGGAAGAGCAUGCUGUAGAACUUCUUUGUGAAGCUGAAGGCCGCCCACCACCAGUGAUUGUCUGGACCAAAGCAGGAAGACAGCUCCCUCUGGAAGACCGGCACACAGUUCUUUCCUCCGGCACUCUGAGAAUUGACCGUGCGGCACAGCACGAUGAAGGUCAAUACGAAUGCCAAGCAGUCAGUCCGCUGGGGGUGAAAAUGGUGUCUGUCCAACUGACUGUAAAGCCCAAAGCUCUCCCAGUAUUUACUCGACUUCCUCAGGAUGCAAGGGUAGAUGUUGGAAAGAAUAUAAACAUUUCAUGUCAUGCUCAAGGAGAGCCACAGCCUGUAAUUACUUGGAGUAAGGCAGGUAUACAGAUUACUGAGAGUGGUAAAUUCCACGUCGACACUGGAGGCACACUGACCAUCUACGAUGCAGGGCAGGCUGACCAAGGAAGAUAUGAAUGCCUGGCUCGGAAUUCAUUUGGCCUUGUUGUGGCAAACAUGUUUCUUACAGUCACUGCAAUACAGGUUAGACAAGCUGGCGAUGACUUUGUCGAAUCAUCUAUUCUUGAUGCCGUACAGAGGGUUGACAGUGCAAUUAACUACACACGAAGACAUUUGUUUUCACAAAAACCUCGCACUCCCAGUGAUCUGCUGGCUCAAUUUCGUUACCCAAGUGACCCAUUUACUGUGGAGACAGCAAGAGCAGGGGAGAUUUUUGAGCACACGCUGCAGCUGAUCCAGGAACGUGUGAAGCAGGGGCUGACAGUUGAUCUGGAAGGCAGAGAAUUCCGCUACAAUGAUUUGGUUUCUCCACGGUACCUUGGUCUCAUCGCCAAUCUGUCUGGUUGCACAGCCCACAGACAUCUGCCUAACUGCUCUGACAUGUGCUUUCAUCAGAAGUACCGGACCCACGACGGAACAUGCAACAACCUGCAGAAACCAAUGUGGGGAGCGUCCCUUACAGCCUUGGUGCGCGUCCUGCAGCCUGCCUAUGAGAAUGGCUUCAAUUCGCCCCGCGGGGCCGGCCGCCACAAUGGGGCGGGUCGCUCUCCGCUCCCUCUGCCAAGACUGGUUUCCACCAUGUUGGCUGGCACAGCAGCGGUCACUCCAGACCACAGGUACACACACAUGCUUAUGCAGUGGGGACAGUUUUUGGACCACGACUUGGAUCAUACGGUGCCUGCACUGAGCACCGCUCGCUUUUCAGAUGGGCAGCCUUGCAGCUCUGCCUGCACUAAUGACCCCCCUUGCUUCCCUAUUGCCAUUCCGCAAGAGGAUCCCAGGGGCGCCCAAGCACCCUGCAUGUUCUUUACGCGCUCCAGCCCCGUGUGUGGCAGCGGCACGACCUCUCUGAUGAUGAAUUCAGUCUAUGCUCGAGAGCAGAUCAACCAGCUCACAGCCUAUAUUGAUGCUUCCAGUGUUUACGGGAGCUCAGAGCGGGAAUCCCAGGUUCUCAGAGAUCUUUCUGCACCUGGGGGACUGCUGAGAACCGGCUUGCUUUGGUCCUCUUCUGGGAAGCACUUACUGCCCUUUUCUGCAGGCCCGCCCACCGAAUGCACUAGAGGUGAACAAGAGAGCCACAGCAGCCCCUGUUUCCUGGCGGGGGACCACAGGGCUAAUGAGCAGCUGGCUCUGACGGCAAUGCACACCCUGUGGUUCCGGGAACACAACAGGGUGGCCUCAGUGCUAUCUGCCCUGAACCCCCACUGGGAUGGAGACACCCUUUAUCAGGAAGCCAGAAAGAUUGUGGGUGCAGAACUGCAGCACAUCACUUACAGCCACUGGCUGCCCAAGAUUCUUGGGGACCCUGGCAUGAAGAUGCUGAAGGAGUACCAGGGGUAUGAUCCCAAUGUAAAUGCUGGGAUCAUUAACGCUUUUGCCACUGCAGCCUUUAGAUUUGGCCACACAUUAAUCAAUCCUAUUCUUUAUCGAUUGAAUGAUACCUUUGGUGAAAUUCCUGGAGGCCACCUCCCACUCCACAAAGCUUUCUUUUCACCAUCCAGGAUAAUCCAGGAGGGUGGGAUAGAUCCACUCCUUCGGGGGCUAUUUGGCGUGGCCACUAAAUUGCGGGUGCCCUCCCAGCUUCUCAACCUUGAACUAACAGAGAAGUUGUUCUCCACUGCCCAUUCUGUGGCCCUGGAUUUGGCUGCCACCAACAUUCAAAGGGGCCGGGACCAUGGCAUCCCACCAUAUGUUGACUACAGAGUUUUCUGUAAUUUGACUUCUGUUGAGAACUUUGAGGAUCUUCAGAACGAAAUUAAAGAUUCAGAGAUAAUACAAAAACUGAAAAAGUUGUACAGCACCCCUGGUGACAUUGAUUUAUGGCCCGCCCUGAUGAUUGAAGACCUGAUCCCUGGUACGAGAGUGGGACCAACACUUAUGUGCCUGAUUGUUACCCAGUUUCAGCGGCUAAGAGAUGGAGAUAGGUUCUGGUAUGAAAAUCCUGGAGUUUUUACCCCCGCACAACUCACUCAGCUGAAACAGGUGUCACUGGGCCGUGUGCUUUGCGACAAUGGUGACAACAUUCAGCAGGUUCAGGCAGAUGUCUUUGUAAAGGCAGAAUACCCACAGGACUACCUGAGUUGUAGGGAGAUCCCAAGGAUGGAUUUGCGAGUGUGGCAAGACUGCUGUGAAGACUGCAGGAGUAGAGGGCAACCUAGAGCAUAUACAGGACAAUCUCGAAAGAAACGCUCUGCUCAGCGCAGCUACUCUGGCAAGAAAGAUGUGGGCUUAAGUGAUCCAAUUAGUAGGCAACAAGACGGCUUGAACAUGGAUGAAGAUGCUACAAAUGUGCUGCUUCUGGAAAAAACAAAGUUUGCCCAGGAUUUCAGCAAGGUUGCAGUGGAAAUUCAGAAAACCAUCACAGCUCUCAGAGAGCAGAUAAACAAGCUAGAGGCACGCCUAAGGCAGGCAGGAUGCACAGAUGAUAAAGGGACACAGAGGAGAGACGGGGAGCGCUGGAUGAAAGAAGACUGUAUUAACUGUACCUGUGAGAGUGGCCAAGUCAUGUGCAUGGUGGAGACUUGUCCUCUGGCUCCAUGUCUCAGUCCUGAAUUGGUGAAAGGAAGCUGUUGUCCAGUUUGCAGAGAUCAAGGCAUACCAGCUGAUGCCUCAGAGGAACACUAGCCAAUAUCUGCUCUUGAGCCCUGAAUAGAGAAUUUCUCAGGGAGAGACAAUUAUGGGUUUGACUUUUAACCUGUAGUCAUAUCCUUGAUAUGGAAACCACUGAUUUAAGAACAAGCUAGUUCAUUUAAACUUUAGACAUAUUGAACAUCUUUUAUCUCUUCAUUUUCUAAUAAGCUUUGGAAUAAUACAAAACUAAAAAGACUAUAAAGGGCAUAGGAAUUAUUUCAUCUUAAGAAAAUUUUCUAUGGAUACGAAAGAAUAUCAUAUUUUUAAAAAUGUAAGCACUGUGGAAACUAUCCAUCAAAAUUCAGCAAUUUCAUUAUCUGAAGGAAUUUUGAGAGAAUGAGUUUUGCAUGUAGAGAAAAUAUCUGGAAAGAUCUAUACUAAAUCUGACAAUGUUGUGAUGCUGUUCUCCCCACCCAACUCUUUUCUUAGAACUACAUCCUUGGCAGGUGGCAGAUUUUGCUGGGGAGGUGCUUGUCUUAACUUUCAUUAGUUUCUAACUUCUGAGACAUUAAGGAAAAGUCAGUGAAAGAAUAUCAUUAUUUUAGGGAGCUUGUCAGUUUUGCAUGUGGCUGGAAAAUGCAAACUGUAUGAGAGAGAGACUUCAAAGCAGAAUUUCUCAGUAUCUGCCUUUCUCUUACUUGUCAUUACUACAAGUCAUGAGAUGUCAACAUUGAAAUAUAGCCAACACUGAAAUUCAGGUGCAAUCUGAAUUUACUAUCCAAAAGGUUGAAAAGUGUUUUUGACUUUUACAAAAGGUAUUGCUAUGGAAUUCUCCUAAUUUUGGUGCUCUUACAGCAUUUCUUACAAAAUCCCAUAGAAAACUGAUGAAUUUUUACUCAGAAAUGAGUAUUAAGCAAAUUAGAAGAUUAGUAACAUUAGUAUUAAUAUUAGAAUGAAAAUAUGACGUAAAAUGUGAUGUGUAACCAUAUGUGCCCAUAUAUUGGGGUUGGAUGCAGUUGUGGGUAAAUAUCUUUAAAUAACACUUUGUGCCAAAACUUCAUGUAGUGUCCUGCCAAGACAGGAUCUCAGGGAGAUAUCUCUACUGAUUUCCAAUCACAAAAUAAAUUUUUUUUAAAGCAGGCAUAAUUUCCCAAUAUUUAGAGUUAUUAUACAACAUUCUACAUUAGUUUUAGUCUAGAUAUUCUUGUGAUUUUAGUAUCAUGAAUGUAGAAAGAUGUUUUGGAGUUUGAUAAAAUGAGUACUAUAAUUUAAAAAUGUGCUAUUUUUUGCUUUUGUAUAUAUAAAUAUUGGUGCUAGAUAUUGAAUUCAGGGCCUCACACAUGCUAAGAACAUGUUUUACGACUGAUCUACACCCUUAGUUUUAUAUUUAGUGUGUCAUUUUUGGAAGUCAUAUUGCUUAUGAUAAAAACUUCAAAUGUUUCCCAAAGUUAUACAGAUCCCUGCUCUCCAUUUCUAUAUGGAGAAUAUGAUUACUCAAAUAUGAUUACUCCUUUCUGUUUCAGGGUAUGUGUAUCUGUCUGUGCUUGUGCAUGUACAUUUUUCCAUGUAUGUAUUCUAUGAAACACAAACAUUGCCAAUAUUUCUUCCUAAGUGAUUUUGUCUACGUAAAUUUAAAACAUUAGAAAUCCAAGUGCAUUUGUUAACAACAUUUUAAUAUAUGACAUUAUGCUAAAAAGUCUCCUUGAGAUAACAUUUACUGUUUCUAAUUUGUGAUACUUUUCUGACCUGGGACAAAAGGAUUUAAUAGAUUUGACAUUGUCUGCUCUCACAGGUAGGUGUAUAUAAAGAAUGGGAAGCUCACUUUGCUUUCUUUAUGGGCUCACUCUUUUUCUGAUUUCUUCUAAUUUAGAAAAACAAAAGUUUUUAACCAGGCUGUGUGAUUGUGUGAGAAGGUACAAAAAUAUCUCCUCCACAGGAGCACUUUAAUUUCUUUCCUAUGACCCCUGCACACAAAUGGCCACACUGCACACAGAACAGCAGGAUAUGAAGUUGAAGGAGUAUACACUACUUUUAUAUGUGACUGGCAGUUGAAAAUAGAGCACUUAUCUGACAAACAAUCUUUAACACUCAGGACAAAUAACAGAGUACAAGAAAAAUGAUUGUUUCUACUGAUUUAUUUGUUUUCCAGGACUGCAUUUGUGGGUGAGGGCAAAGGUAGGGAAAAUAGGUUUUCCAGUAAAGUUUUUUUAAACCAUUUUAAAAAUUAAGUUUAACUGUGAAGUUAAUGUCUACUCACUGAACUGUACUUACUACAGCUAUCCCAGGACCAAUGUCACGUAUUCCUUCUAAGCUUCUGUUUUAGAUAAAAUAUAGUUCAUUAGUAGGUCAAAUCAAGUUCAAGGACAACUCACAUAGAAAUCCUAUCUUCCACGUUAACUGAAAUGUGCACUAUUAAAAGACACAUUUAGUUGAAUGUCCUCAAAAGUUAUUGGCAUGGUAGAAAUUUAUGAAAAAUAAUGUAAAAUCUGUUUUCCUGAAUAUGUAAAAUGAGAGAUGAUAUAAAGACAAAUGAUUCUAAAAGCUGUAUCUUAAAUAUAACAUUGUAUGUUCUAUUUUUUGCCCUGGUGUAAGAUAAUUUGAUAACUUUUAAUAUAAGCACCAGAAAUGAGUCAAUAUUUAAAUCUGCAUUUUAAAUAUAAACCAGGGGAAAAGAAUAUGUAAUGUUUUCUAAUACUGUGAGGCACAUUUUCUUUUCUGUUAAUAAACUUUUAAAAGAAAUGAGAAUUCCUUCAAACAUAAUUACUAACCAAAAUAACUUAACUCAAAAGUAUGUGUGUGUGUAUUAUGUAAAGCAAA